AUGACUUUGCUUUCGGAUGACAUUAGAUCGAAAGAAUUUCUGGGAUCACCAGGGGCGAGUAGAGAAGAAAAGAGGCAGGACCCUGGGCCUCCGCAGUUGAAAAGCCGGAUCCAGGCUCCGCGGGCGCAGCGAUGCUCAGGGGACCCGGGCGGCGUGCGGGGGGUCCGCGCGGCCGCCGGGGCUUUUUCUAGAGGAGGGGUUGGGGCUGCUGAGUCAUGGAUCUGUCACUGCUUCUCACCUCUCCCCAGCCCUCCGGGGGCUAAAGCAAAAGCGAAAGCAAAUGCGACUCGCGGGGCGGCGAGCACCGGGAGCUGCACCCGCCACCUCUCCCGGACCGUCGGGCAUCCGCACGCGCGGGGUGGCUGGGCAUCCCGACCGGUGCCAACACCCGAGGUGGCCCGCUGGGACGCGGCUGAAAGUUCAGCCAUGGCCCGGCGGCGGCUCCAAGGCUGCGGGGUCAGCGCCCUCCUUGCGCUGCUGCUGUUGCUGCUCGGGCCGCCGGUGACUCCGGACCUCAUAUGCCCUACUCCUACUUCCAUUGAACAUGCAGACAUCAGGGUCAAGAGUUAUAGCCUGAACUCCAGGGAGAGAUAUAUUUGUAACUCUGGCUUCAAGCGAAAAGCUGGAACAUCCAACCUGAUUGAGUGUGUGUUUAACAAAACAAUAAACACUGCCCACUGGACGACUCCCAAUCUCAAGUGCAUCAGAGACCCCUCCUUGAGUCAUCAAAAGUCACCCACCAUCGUAGCACCACCAAGGGUGACCCCAGAGCAAGAGAGCCCUUCCCCUUCUGGAACAGAGCCAUCUUUCACUUUCAAGUCAGACACCACAGUGGCCACAAAGCCAGCUACCGUACCAGGCUCCAAGCUGACGCCAUCCAAACCUCCUUCUGCAGGAACCACAGAAGUAGUCAGUAACAAGCACUCCCAAGCCCCAUCUCAGACAACAACAAAGAGUAUGGAACACACUACCUCCACUUUGCCCGAGACGCCAGGUGCACACACACACAGCGCCACAAGCAUCACGGGGAGGAAGGACUGCUGCUACCAGGUUUCUGUGCAACCUUCCAGAGAAAGUGGGCGUGCAGACAGCACACUGAUGAUGCCUGAAUCAGGAUGGAUAGUGGCAAUCUCCGUACCUGUCAUCAUAUUGUGUGGUGCAGUUGCAUCUUUCCUGGCAUGUCACAAAAACCCAAGGCAAACUUUUCAGAUACCCAGUGCUGAAACGGAAAACACAGAAGAUAUACCAAUGACGAGGGAAAUCAACUACAGAGAGGAAGACACAGAAAGCUACGCUUACAACGAACGUCACUCCAUGGAAAACCAGAGGCCAGCAAGGGCGCCAACACUGCUCUAACUGAAGAGGACCCAGAUAAGACUCAAGGAGUUGGACUCCAGGGUAAAGCCCUCCAGGAUGAGGAAAUGUGCAGUAUCAUUUUAUUGUCUGUGCCCAGCCUAGGAACUGCCUGGAUGAUAGGUUCUCCAGGCAUAGGAUGGAAGCUGUCUGUGUUGCCGCACUGCCUUGCAUUGCCCUGUCUAAGGCAGAAAGUGGAGUGUCUCAGCUCUCCUGGAAGUUGCUGAAAGCCUCCAGACCUCCUAUCCAGGUUUUUUAUUUCACUGUGACAUUUAUUCAGGACAGCUUUUCUACUCGACUAUCUUCCUUCCCUCAUCCUGACUUGCAGUUUACAAAGAAAAGAAAUAUACCUGAGACUCUUAGUUAAUUCCAAGUCUUUUCUCCUGACUUGAGAGGCGUCUACAAGCAUGACACCAGCAUUUCAGCUCCUAAAAACUCUCCAUUCAGGUGCUCUGCAUGCAUUGAGAGCCAAUAAAGAAAAGGAAUAGAGAGAUUAUCAGUGCCCAAUGGAUCCUCUUAAUUGAAGUGUUUUUCAGAAUAAAAAAAAAGAACUGAGUGACAUUUUA